CCCCGGAAGUUUUUCUUCCAGAGGAACGCGCACGUUGAGCCGCCUUUGCAGUUGCUUCUUUCAGGCUACCUUCUGAUCAUGUCUUCCAAGAAGAACAGAAAACGACUGAAUCGAAGCGCAGAGAAUGGUUCCACCUCACCUUCUUCUGCUUCCUCUUCUUCGGGGCCCUCGGCUCCUCCUGGGCCAGGCACCGCGGCGGCGGCUGGGACUCUGGUGGUGACCAACUUUUUAGAAAAGGAUGACAGAGUUCCUAAAACAUUCCAAAAUUCCCUUGUUCAACUUGGACUCAACACUAUGAAAUCUGCAAAUAUAUGUAUAGGUCGACCAGUGUUGCUUACCAGUUUGGAUGGAAAACAAGAGGUCUAUACGGCCUGGCCUGUGGCAGGAUUUCCUGGAGGCAAGGUUGGCCUGAGUGAAAUGGCGCAAAAGAAUGUGGGCGUGAGCGUUGGUGAUGCCAUUCAAGUCCAGCCUCUAUUGGGUGCUGUGCUUCAGGCUGAGGAAAUGGAUGUGACACUCAGUGACCAAAAUGUGGAUAUUAAUGAAGAACAACUGACUGGUUGUCUUCUGAGAAAACUAGAUGGCAAGAUUGUUUUACCAGGCAACUUUUUGUAUUGUACAUUCUAUGGACGACCAUGCAAGUUGCAAGUGUUGAGAGUGAAAGGGACAGAUGGCAUGAUAUUGAGAAGGCCUCAGAAUGACACUGAUGCUCAAGGAAUGGCCUGUGAACAGUCCAACAUAGACACCAGUACCCUGGAUGUAGCCUUACAGCUGAGCCAGUUAGAUCUGGAAGAGCCUCGGGAUCCAACAUCAAGCAGUACUCCUUGCAAACCAGUAGAUGACAGAAUGAUAAAAGAAGCUAGUGACAUUUUUUCAGAUGUUACACAGAUUCCUAGGGACAACAGUGGACUUGAACUAGCAGAGAUCACAGGACUUAAAUGUAGUUUUGAAUUGGCCAAAGGAGGAAAUGAGCAACUUGUUAAUGAAGAGAGAUUGCUAAAGUCAGCCUAUGUGGGAACAAAGCACAACACUGAUACUUUUUAUUUUAUUUCUUCAACAACGAGAGUGAAUUUUACAAAGAUUUGUACAAAUUCAGAAGAGCAAGACAACCAAUUCAAAGUAACUUAUGACAUGAUAGGAGGCUUACAUAGUCAGCUGAAAACAAUUAGAGAAAUAAUUGAAUUGCCUCUCAAGCAGCCUGAACUUUUCAAGAGUUACGGAAUUCCUCCACCUAGAGGAGUGUUACUCUAUGGCCCUCCAGGUACUGGGAAGACCAUGAUUGCUAGGGCUGUUGCUAAUGAAGUCGGAGCCUAUGUUUCUGUAAUUAAUGGUCCUGAAAUUAUAAGCAAAUUCUAUGGGGAGACAGAAGCAAGGCUACGUCAGAUAUUUGCUGAAGCCACUCUACGGCACCCAUCAAUUAUUUUUAUUGAUGAGCUGGAUGCACUUUGUCCUAAAAGAGAAGGGGCUCAGAAUGAAGUGGAAAAAAGAGUGGUAGCAUCACUGUUAACACUGAUGGAUGGUAUUGGUUCAGAAGGAAGUGAAGGACAAGUGUUGGUCCUUGGGGCCACAAAUCGCCCUCAUGCCUUAGAUGCUGCACUUCGAAGACCUGGACGAUUUGAUAAAGAGAUUGAGAUUGGAGUUCCUAAUGCUGAGAAUCGGCUAGAUAUCCUCCAGAAACUUCUUCGAACUGUACCCCAUUUGCUUACUGAAGCUGAGCUGCUACAGCUGGCAAAUAGUGCUCAUGGGUACGUUGGAGCAGACUUGAAAGCUUUGUGUAAUGAAGCAGGUCUCUAUGCCUUACGGAGAGUCUUGAAGAAACAGCCUAAUCUCUCUGAUAGCAAGAUGGCUGGGGUGGUGAAGAUUACUCUGAAUGAUUUCUUACAAGGGAUGAAUGACGUCAGGCCCAGUGCUAUGAGGGAAGUAGCAAUCGAUGUACCAAAUGUAUCCUGGUCAGAUAUAGGAGGACUGGAAAAUAUCAAACUAAAAUUGAAACAGGCUGUGGAAUGGCCUUUGAAACAUCCAGAGUCUUUCAUUCGAAUGGGUAUUCAACCACCUAAAGGAGUUCUUCUGUAUGGGCCACCUGGAUGCUCUAAAACAAUGAUUGCAAAGGCUUUAGCCAAUGAGAGUGGCCUGAAUUUCCUAGCUAUAAAGGGGCCUGAAUUAAUGAAUAAAUAUGUUGGUGAAUCUGAAAGGGCUGUUAGAGAGAUCUUCCGAAAAGCGAGAGCAGUGGCUCCUUCCAUUAUUUUCUUUGAUGAACUUGAUGCCUUAGCAGUUGAAAGGGGCAGUUCUUCAGGUGCUGGGAAUGUAGCUGACCGUGUUCUGGCUCAGCUCUUAACGGAAAUGGAUGGUAUUGAACAGUUAAAGAACGUGACAAUUUUGGCCGCUACUAACCGCCCAGAUAGGAUAGACAAGGUAAUUGACUAUCUUUGGCAUUAGAUUGCAAACUCUUUGAAGACAGGAAACACCAUAUGUCUUGGAAUGUCUUUGGAAUCAUAGUAUCUUGCCCAUAGAAGGCACUCAGUAAAUAUUAAAGGUCAAAAAUAGGGCUUUGCAAUACCAAUUUGUAUUUUUCUUUGAAUUUUUUCCUAAUAUUUCCCAUAAAUAUGCCUUGAAUAUAAAAUAUAUGUAUAUGUGUGUAUGUACCUUUACUAUAUGUAAUAUUUUUGUUUCUAAAUUUUUAUUUUCUUUUUAAUUUGGAAGUCUCAAUUCUUACUAAAAUUAAAUACCUAUACUAUUGACAUAAUCAUGCACACCACACUUUAUAUCAUAUGUUAACUUUUCUAUUAUUUCUUUUCUUUUGGAGUCUAUUGUUCUUUUUGUUUGUAAAACAGCAUACUGGUGCUGCAACCAGUGGCUUUUUGCCAUAUGCAUUCUUAGUAGUUCUUGGAACAUUUGGUUUAGGAAGUAGGAUAAUUAAUGUAUAAACAUUAUGUGGCAGAACUACUCUAAUUAGUGCCUUUUGGCGUGGGUUGAGUGAUAAACAAAGUAAGAUGCACAUCAGCAUUCAUCCUAACAGUGUAUAAAACUCCUGUUACAGCCCUCUGGGACAGCAUAGACCAGCUAUAUUCAAUAGUAUAGUAUUUGAGCACAUGAGAAAAGGUUCCAUCAUGUCAAUUUAAUAGUCUCUGUUGAAUAAAUUUGCUAACUGUGCAGACUUUCCUUAGUCUUAAUUAUUUGGAAAUCUAAAACUUAGCCAUCAAAGUGUAUCCCUAAUAACUCUUCACGUCUUUGGUGAAACGUUCUCUCUUGAAUCUAUACCUGAACCUAUUUCUUUAUGUUCCUGUAAUCUACUACUUAAAAAGAAGAGCAUUGAUUUUAAACUAUCAGAAUGAAACAGAUUAAAAAGCCAGGUUCAGAGGCAAAAAUUUUCACCUUAUGGCAUCUUCAGCAAAUUUUCUUUGGUUGAAUUUACUGUUUAAGUCCCUUACUGCUUAAUAGCACUACUUAUUUUUGAAGUAUAAAAGCUCAGAAGAUUUUUCCCUUUAGAUGUUAUCCUGUCAUUCCACAUUAUUCAAGCUGGUAUCCACAUACGGACAGAUGAUUUUUUUACAGAGAGUAAGAACAGAACUUUUUGCUAGACAGCUCAUUUUUUAGAGGCACUUUGAGCUUAAAAUUAGGGCCAGGGUAUAUAGUCUAGGUAUCAGUUCUUAAGAAUCUCAUUUGUACUCAGAAUGUUUGUUGUUGAAAGCUUCUUUGUGAUUAAUUUCCUUUAAUAAAUAACUGCUGAAAACAAAAAGCAAAUAUUUCUUAAAAAGUAGAAAACUUAAUAGAAUAUUUGUCAAAUAAAUAGAAAUCAAAAUUAUUACACUGAAAUAAACAUUUGUAUAAACAGACAUACCUCCCCAAAUUGAAUAAGCUUGCAAGAUACUUCUACUGAACUUUCAGGAGAUACAGCUCCUGUCUCAUGCAGAUAUUAAAAACAAACAAACAAACAAAAAAAAAAAAAAAAAAAAAAAAAACAAAAAAAGAGAGAGAGAGAGAGAGAGAGCCAGAAAGAAAAAAAAGUUGGGUUGAGGAAAUCCUUUCUGGCUAAUUUUUCAAGACUUGUACAAUCUUAAUUCCAAAAGAAUAGUACAACAAAAGAGAAUUAUAGGUCAGUCUUUUACAGUGACAAGUGUGAAAAUUCUAAGUGAAACAUUAGCUAACUAAAUCCAACAAAUUUUUUAAAAAUACAGUAUUUAUCUCUGAAUGGCAACGAUGGUUUAACACAAGAAAAUGAAAUUUGUAUUAGUGAAAAUACAUAAGAGACCAAAAAAUUAUAUAAUUAUCUAAAAAAAGGUUUUAAAAAUAUUUGAUAAAAUUUAACUCUAAUUUGUGAUUAGUAUUCAUAAGUCCAGAAAUCUGGGGAUAGAAGGAAACUACAAAUUGAUAAAAGUUAAAUACUAAAACCUAUAUAGCAAACAUCCAAAUUGAAACUGUGAACAAGUUUUAGACAGUUAUACCCAAGACUGGUGAUAUUCUUGAGAUAGAUCUGGCUAAUCCAACAAGGGAAAAAAAAUGAAAUAAAGAUGGACAGAGAGGAAAGAGGGGAGAAAAGAGAAAAAUAUGUCUUUAUUUGGAAAUUAUACGAUGUCUACAUAGACAACCCAUUAGAACUAGCAAAACUAUAUACUUUCAAAAAUAAAGAGUUUUGUUUUUCAUGUUAGCAGUAACUACAGUUCAAAAUUCACAAUAGUUAGAAAAAUUAUAAUGCAUUUAGGUAUUAACCUUAAAAAAUACAUAACAGCUUUAUAAAACAGACUGUAAAAAUGUACUAAAGAACAUAAAUGAAGCCUUGCAUAAAUGAAGAGCUAUAAAAUGUUCAUUGAUGAGGCAUACAACAACAUAAAGAUGUCAAGUCUCACCAUAUGCAAUUCCAGUUAAAAUUUUAAUAGUAUUUUUGGGGUGGGGGGAGACCCAAACUGACUGUGAUAAAAGAAUAAAAAUCCACAAAUAGCUAAGUCUAUUUUGAGAUAUAUCUGGAAGAAGAAUGAUAUUUUGACCAGAUUUUAAUUCAUAUUAAUAAAAGCAGUUUAGAACUGGCACAGAAGCAGUCAGACUGAUGAAACAGAGGUUGAGUGCUCAGAAACAGACCCAAAGUGGGGAAGAGGUAUGUUGCUUUGUAGGUUCUUGGAAAGACCUGUUUACUAGAUGAAAUAACUGAACGUGGACCCCUCCCUUAGAUCACACACUAUAUGAACUCCAGAGAGAACAAAGACCUAAAAGUGACAGGUAAAACUGUAGAGCCAAUGAAAGACAAUGUUAGAGAAGAUCUUUGUGACCUUGGUAUGUGGAAGAACUUUACUCCCAAAGUACAAACUAUCAGGGAUAAAUUGGUAGCUUUACAAUGUCAAAACUAAGGAUUUCUGUCCAGUGAAUUCUAGCAUAAAACAAACAACAUGACAGUGACAUAUUAGAAGCAGAUAUCUGCAACAUCAAAACUGAAAAGAGAUAAACAUGUGGACUAUAUGAGAAAUGCUUACAAAUUCAACAAUAAGAAAGGGAAAUCAAUAUAUUUUAAAAAGCAAAGGUUAUUGCUUAACACUUCAUGGAAGGAGGCUCCUGAAUGGCCAGGUGUAUAAAGAGAGAUGUAGAACCUUUUAAGUAAUUAGAGAAGUCCUAAUAAAAAUAACACAUCACACCCAUCUAACUGGAAAGAAGUUUUUGAAAAAUAAGUAGAUAAAUCAAAAUGUAGGUGAAGAUUUGGGGUAAUUGGAACAGUUAAGUACUAUUGGUGGAAAUCUAGACUGAUGUAGAUGGUUUGAAGAGCAAUCUCAAAAUCCUUAGUAACAGUACGGGUAUGACUCAGGGCACCUAGGUGGCUUAGUCGGUUGAGCGUUGACUUUGGCUCUGGUCAUCAUCUCAUGGCUCAUGAGUUCAAGCCCUACAUCAGGCUUACUACUGUCAGCACAGAACCCACUUUGGAUCCUCUGUCCCCUCUCUUUCUGCCCCUCCCCUAUUCACGCUUGCACGCGUGCUCUCUCUCUCUCUCUCUCUCUCAAAAAUAAAAUAAACAUUAAAAAAAAAAAAAAAGUAAGGGUAUGACCUGUCACUCAGUUGUCUCAUAUCUGUGGACAUACUACAGUGAAACCAGCUCAGGUCUAUAGUGGGGUAUAUUCCAGAAUGUUUACCUCAGUUUCUGGUAGAGUUGAAGACAAAGUAUCACAAGGGGAAUGGUUAAGUAUGUUAUGGGUGCAUCCUAUAGAAUACUCUGUAGCAGUCAGAAACAAUAAAAUAACUGUGUUGGCAAUGCCCUCCCACCAGAGACCCUUGGGAACAUACAUCUGUAGUGGAACAAAUUGGGUUUAUUACUUGUAGGGAGUUGGUAACGCACUCUGUGGGGAACUGUGGGACAUCUCAGCAAGAGGAUGUUGGGAAGCAUUUACAAGAUCUGAACUUGUGUUAGAUGAUUGGUGAGAGGUUAAAGGUGGGACUUGGCUUUGUCUUGGAUACUGUCAGAAAACAGAAGUAAUCUUCUGAUUGGUUUAUCUUAAUUAAAUCUUAUCUAUAAGGCAGGAAGAAUAGAAUGAGGCAAAGCUGUAAUUGGCAGAGAAGCAGCUAGCCAGGAUAGGGAAUUUUUUCUGUUGUUUCUGUGGCUUGCAUAAUGGUUAUAUUUUGUCUGUGUUCAUACAUGGUUAUGCAGUGGUCUUAUGUUUGUCUUGAUUCAUUAUGAUCACAGAGUGGCCUUUUCUGAUGUUGAUGUUCUGUCAAAUGGCUUAUGUUCAGCUCAUUCCUGAUGGGAUGACCAAAGGAGUGUCAGACCAGAUUAUAAUAGAAUGAAGGUCUUGCUGAUAAUACCAAGCCAACUCCUUGAUGUGCUUUUCUCUUUCACAGUGCUACAGUAACACAAAGAUAACUUCAAAACAUGUAGAUUAUUAUUUUUUUAAAAAGUGAUAGAUUAUUAAAAAGGGCUGACAACAAAAUUAUUUAUGUAAAUUAAACAUACAAAUAAAAUGCUAUGUAUUAUUCAAGGAUGAAUAUACAUACAAGGCCCUAUACCAAAUGCAUAGCUUUUCAUCUUUAGUGAGCGUGGAGGAAAGGGGCCAGUAGCCAAAUAGUGGGUCUAAAAGGAAAUAUUAAAUAAGAGAGGAGCCUCAUGAUAGUGUGUUAUCAAUAGAAGAAGAUUAUAAUAAUUCAGUCUCAGCAUGUGAAAUCCAAACACCAGUCUCUCCACCAGCAGAAAUGUAGUAAGGGAAAGAGUGGGAUCCUGUGGCCCAAAUUCGUAUUUGAAUUUACUUCCAUUGCCAUGUGGCAGGUAGGGAAAGAGGAAUGCUUUGUCUUCUUUAAGCAUUUCCAAAAUCUCUUUCAUUUCCCCCAUCAGGAAUGAGCUACUGUAAUGAUAGCAUGUUGAUGCUAGUUGAAAUAAAACAUGCUCCCCAGCAUCAAAUGAAAGCAUUAGUAUUUUAUGUGGGAACCUGAUUCAACUUUAAACAUACCCAAAAGCUUUGGAAUUAAAAACAACAACAAAAACAAAAAUCUCGCUUCAUAUUAGCUGCAGAGAAAGCUAGUUUAUUAUGUCUUAGGUAAAAGAUUUCUUCGGAAACCUUAAAAUUAGUAUCUGUUAGUAUCUUAAGAUUGCUUUUUAACUAGAAAAGAGCUUGUGAUUUUAAGAAGCAAAGAGACUUACUAUCUCCCAUUCCCACCCCUGGCCUUUUUGUGGGAGAUUCUUUAAAAGCAAGUGUUGCUUGUAUCUUGAGUGAAUUUCCUUCAACUUCCGUAAUAAAUAUUUAAAAGUAGUAUUAUAAGUAGUAAGAACAAAGAUGCUUUCAUUUAGGAAGGGAAACUCAGCUUUCAUUGUAGCCCAUUUCUGCUCAAUUCUAAAGUGAACAUGUAGGUGUGUCUCCUGAGGUUCUUGUUACACUUUACUUUGCCCUUUCCAGUGUUUCCACCAUGUUGGCCCAUGUUCUCAAGAUAAGCAUGUUCUCAAGAUAAGCUAAUGCACCUAUGAAGGGCACGCUCCUCCCUGUCGUGUCUUACUGUUAGUUCUUAUUCUUCAUUGGCUGUGUUUUGGAACAUGUGUCUUGGUGUUAUUUUUGAAACAUUCGUUCUCUUAAUGUAUAUCAUUUUGUAGUCAGGCGGGAGCGAAGUAUACUAUGAUAGUUCUUUUUUUCUUAACUUUUUAUUUAAAUUCCAAUUAGUCAACAUACAGGGUAAUAGUAGUUUCAGUUGUACAAUGUAGUGAUUCAACAUCUCCUUACAACACCUGGUGCUCCCCACAGGUGCACUCCUUAAUCCUCAUCACCUAUUUAACCCAUCCCUCCACCUACACCCCCCCCCCCCCCGCACUGAUAACCAUCAGUUUGUUCUCUGUAGUUGAGUCUGUUUCUUGGUUUGCCAAGAAAUCAUAUGGUAUUUGUCUUUCUCUUGCUGACUUAUUUCACUUAGCAGAAUACUCUAGUUCCAUCCACGUCAUUGAAAAUGGCAAGAGUUCAUGCUUUUCUAUGGCUAAUAUUCGUGUGUGUGUGUGUGUGUGUGUGUGUGUGUGUGUAAAUACACACACAUGUACAUACCACUUCUUUGUCCAUUCAUGUAUCAGUGGAUACUUGGGCUGUUUCCAUAAUUUGGCUAUUAGAGAUAAUGCUGGUAUAAAUAUUGGUGUGCAUAUAUCCCUUUGAAUUAGUAUUUUUGUACUCCUUGGGUAAAUACCUAGUAGUGCGACUGCUGGAUCAUAGGGUAGUUGUAUUUUUAAUGUUUUGAGGAACCUCCAUACUGUCUUCUACAGUGGCUGCACAAGUUUGCAUUCCCACAACAGUGCAAGAGGGUUCCCCUUUCUCCACAUCCUUGCCAACACUUGUUGUUUCUUGUGUUGUUGAUUUUAGCCAUUCUUACAGGUGUGAUAGAUAUCUCAUUGUAGAUUUGAUUUACACUUCUCUGAUAAUGAGUGAUAUUGACCAUCUUUUCAUGUGUCUGCUGGCCAUCUGUAUGUCUUCUUUGGAAAAAUGUCUUCUUCCAAUAUUAUGAUAGUUCUUAUGUCAUCAAAUCUUGUUUAAUCAUUUCUAUAGUUAUUUGCACCUUCAUUAACAUUAUAGGAACAAAUAUAGAAUUUAGUCUAUAAACAUUCAAAACGCUAAAAUUAGUUUUGAAGAAUAAUUACCCUUUUUUUUAAUAUGAAAUUUAUUGUCAAAUUGGUUUCCAUAUAACACCCAGUGCUCAUCCCAACAGGUGCCCUCCUCAAUGCCCAUCACCCACUUUCCACUCCCUCCCACCCCCCCAUCAACCCUCAGUUUAUUUUCAGUAUUGAAGAGUCUCUUAUGGUUUGCCUCCUUCCCUCUCUAUGACUUUUUUUUCCCCCUUCUCCUCCCCCCUGGUCUUCUGUUGAGUUUCUCAGAAUCCACAUAUGAGUGAAAACAUAUGGUAUCUGUCUUUCUCUGCCUGACUUAUUUCACUUGGCAUAACACUCUCCAGUUCCAACCACAUUGCUACAAAAGGCCAGAUUUCAUUCUUUCUCAUUGCCAUGUAGUAUUCCAUUGUAUACAUAAACCACAACUUCUUUAUCCGUCAGUUGAUGGACAUUUAGGCUCUUUCCAUAAUUUGGCUAUUGUUGAAAGUGCUGCUAUAAACAUUGGGGUACAAGUGCCCCUGUGUAUCAGCAGUCCUGUAUCCCCUGGGUAAAUUCCAAGCAGUGCUAUUGCUGGGUCAUAGGGUAGAUCUAUUUUUAAUUUUUUUGAGGAACUUCCACACUGUUUUCCAGAGCAGAUGCACCAAUUUUCAUUCCCAUCAACAGUGCAAGAGGGUUCCCGUUUCUCCACAUCCUUGCCAGCAUCUGUAGUCUCCUGAUUUCUUCAUUUUAGCUACUCUGACUGGCAUGAGGUGGUAUCUGAGUGUGGUUUUGAUUUGUAUUUCCUUGAUGAGGAGUGACAUUGAGCAUCUUUUCAUGUGCCUGUUGGCCACCUGGAUGUCUUCUUUAGAGAAGUGUCUAUUCAUGUCUUCUGCCCAUUUCUUCACUGGAUUAUUUGUUAUUUACAUGUGGAGUUUGGUGGGUUCUUUAUAGAUUUUGGAUACUAGCCCUUUAUCUAAUAUGUCAUUUGCAAAUAUGUUUUCCCAUUCCAUCGGUUGCCUUUUAGUUUUGUUGAUUAUUUCCUUUGCAGUGCAGAAGCUUUUUAUCUUCAUGAGGUCCCAGUAGUUCAUUUUUGCUUUUAAUUCCCUUGCCUUUGGAGAUGUGUAAAGUAAAAAAAUGCUGCGGCUGAAGUCAGAGAGGUUUUUUCCUGCUUUCUCCUCUAGGGUUUUGAUGGUUUCCUGUCUCACAUUCAGGUCCUUCAUCCAUUUUGAGUUUAUUUUUGUGAAUAGUGUAAGAAAGUGAUCUAGUUUCAUUCUUCUGCAUGUUGCUGUCCAGUUCUCUCAGCACCAUUUGUUAAAGAGACUGUCUUUUUUCCAUUGGAUAUUCUUUCCUGCUUUGUCAAAGAUUAGUUGGCCAUACAUUUGUGGGUCCAAUUCUGGAGUCUCUAUUCUAUUCCAUUGGUCUGUUUGUCUGUUUUUGUGCCAAUACCAUGCUGUCUUGAUGAUUACAGCUUUGUAGUAGAGGCUAAAGUCUGGGAUUGUGAUGGCUCCUGCUUUGGUCUUCUUCUUCAAUAUUACUUUGGCUAUUCGGGGUGUUUUGUGGUUCCAUACAAAUUUUAGGAUUGCUUGUUCUAGCUUCGAGAAGAAUGCUGGUGCAAUUUUUAUUGGGAUUGUAUUGACUGUGUAGAUAGCUUUGGGUAGUAUUGACAUUUUAACAGUAUUAAUUCCUCCAAUCCAUGAGCACGGGAUGUUUUUCCAUUUCUUUAUAUCUUCAUAAGCUUUCUAUAGUUUUCAGCAUACACAUCUUUUACAUCUUUGGUUAGGUUUAUUCCUAGGUAUUUUAUGCUUCUUAGUGCAGUUGUGAAUGGGAUCAGUUUCUUUAUUUGUCUUUCUGUUGCUUCAUUAUUAGUGUAUAAGAAUGCAACUGAUUUCUGUACAUUAAUUUUGUAUCCUGCGACUUUGCUGAAUUCAUGUAUCAGUUCUAGCAGACUUUUGGUGGAGUCUGUCUGGUUUUCCAUGUAUAAUAUCAUCUCAUCUGCAAAAAAGUGAAAACUUGACUUCAUCUUUGCCAAUUUUGAUGCCUUUGAUUUCCUUUUGUCGUCUGAUUGCUGAUGCUAGAACUUCCAACACUAUGUUAAACAGCAGCGGUGAGAGUGGACAUCCCUGUCGUGUUCCUGAUCUCAGGGGGAAAGCUCUCAGGUUUUCCCCCAUUGAGGAUGAUAUUAGCUGUGGGCUUUUCAUAAAUGCUUUUAUGAUCUUUAAGUAUGUUCCUUCUAUCCCGACUUUCUCGAGGGUUUUUAUUAACAAAGGAUGCUGAAUUUUGUCAAAUGGUUUUUCUGCAUCGAUUCACAGGAUCACAUGGUUCUUUUCUUUUAUUAAUGUGAUGUAUCACGUUGAUUGAUUUGUGAAUGUUGAACCAGCCCUACACCCCAGGAAUGAAUCCCACUUGAUCAUGGUGAAUCAUUCUUUUUAUAUGCUGUUAAUUCAAUUUGCUAGUAUCUUGUUGAGAAUUUUUGCAUCCAUAUUCAUCAGGGAUAUUGGCCUGUAGUUCUCUUUUUUCUGCUGGGUCUCUGUCUGGUUUGGCAAUCAAAGUAAUGCUGUUUUCAUAGAAUGAGUCUGGGAGUUUUCCUUCCCUUUCUAUUUUUUGGAACAGCUUGAGAAGGAUAGGUAUUAUCUCUGCUUUAAAUGUCUGGUAGAACUCCCCUGGGAAGCCAUCUGGUCCUGGACUCUUAUUUGUUGGGAGAUUUUUGAUAACUGAUUCAAUUUCUUCACUGGUUAUGGGUCUGUUCAAGUUUUCUAUUUCUUCCUGUUUGAGUUUUAGAAGUGUGUGGAUGCUUAGGAAUUUGUCCAUUUCUUCCAGGUUGUCCAGUUUGUUGGCAUAUAAUUUUUCAUAGUAUUCCCUGAUAAUUGCUUGUAUUUCUGAGGGAUUGGUUGUAAUAAUUCCAUUUUCAUUCAUGAUUUUAUCUAUUUGGGUCCUCUCCCUUUUCUUUUUGAGAAGCCUGGCUAGAGGUUUAUCAAUUUUGUGUAUUUUUUCAAAAAACCACCUCUUGGUUUCAUUGGUCUGCUCUACUGUUUUCUUUUUAGAUUAUUGUUUAUUUCUGCUUUGAUCUUUAUUAUUUCUCUUCUUCUGCUGGGUUUGGGUGUCUUUGCUGUUCUGCUUCUAUUUCCUUUAGGUGUGCUGCUAGAUUUUGUAUUUGGGAUUUUUCUCGUUUCUUGAGAUAGGCCUGGAUUGCAAUGUAUUUUCCUCUCAAGACUGCCUUCACUGCUUCCCAAAGCGUUUGGAUUGUUGUAUUUUCAUUUUCAUUUGUUUCCGUAUAUCUUUUAAUUUCUUCUCGAAUUGCCUGGUUGACCCAUUCAUUCUUUAGUAGGGUGUUCUUUAACCUCCAUGCUUUUGGAGGUUUUCCAGACUUUAUCCUGUGGUUGAUUUCAAGUUUCAUAGCAUUGUGGUCUGAAAGUGUGCAUGGUAUGAUCUCAAUUCUUUUAUACUUAUUUAGGGCUGUUUUGUGACCCAGUAUGUGAUCUAUCUUAGAGAAUGUUUCAUGUGCACUUGAGAAGAAAGUAUAUUCUGUUGCUUUGUGAUGCAGAGUUCUAGUCCAUCUGAUCCAAUAUAUCAUUCAGGGCCCUUGUUUCUUUAUUUAUUCUCUGUCUAGAUGUUCUAUCCAUUGCUAUAUUAAAGUCUCCUGCAGUUACCACAUUCUUAUCAAUAAGGUUGCUUAUGUUUCUGAUAAAUCAUUUUAUAUAUUUGAGGGCUCCCAUAUUUGGUGCAUAGAUAUUUAUAACUGUUAGCUCUUUCUGAUGGAUAGACCCUGUCAUUAUUAUAUAAUGCCCUUCUUCAUCUCUUGUUACAGCCUUUAAUUUAAAGUCUAGUUUGUCUGAUAUAAGUAUGGCUACUCCAGCUUUCUUUUGACUUCCAGUAGCACGAUAGAUAGUUCUCCAUCCCCUUACUUUCAAUCUGAAGGUGUCCUCAGGUCUAAAAUGAGUCUCUUGUAAACACCAAAUAGAUAGGUCUUGUUUUUUUAUCCAUUCUUAUACCCUAUUCUUUUGAUUGGAGCAUUUAGUCCAUUUACAUUCAGUGUUAUUAUUGAAAGAUAUGGAUUUAGAGUCAUUGUGAUAUCUGUAGGUUUCAUGCUUGUAGUGGUGUCUCUAGUACUUUGUGGUCCUUGCCACAUUUCACUCCCAGAGUCCCCCUUAGGAUCUCUUGUAGGGCUGGUUUAGUGGUCAUGAAUUCCUUCAGUUUUUGUUUGUUUGGGAAAACCUUUAUCUCUCCUUCUAUUCUGAAUGACAGACUUGCUGGGUAAAGGAUUCUUGGCUGCAUAUUUUUUUCUGUUUAUCACAUUGAAGAUUCCCUGCCAUUCCUUUCUGGCCUGCCAAGUUUCAGUAGAUAGGUCUGCUACUACCCUUAUGUGUCUAACCCUUAUGUUAGGGCCCGUUUAUCCCUAGCUGCUUUCAGAAUUCUCUCUGUAUUUUGCCAGUUUCACUGUGAUAUGUCAUGCAGAAGAUCAAUUCAAGUUACGUCUGAAGGGAGUUCUCUGUGCCUCUUGGAUUUCAAUGCCUGUUUUCCUUCCCCAGAUCAGGGAAGUUCUCUGCUAUGAUUUAAGUACACCUUAAGCCCCUUUCUCUCUCUCUUCUUUUUCUGGAAUUCCUUAUGUGUUUUGAAAGCUUGUGUGCUCUGCAUCUGUGAGCGCUGCUAUAUUCAAAGAGGGUCAUACACUGUCUAGGGCCUGGCCCUUCAGGAGAUGUUUUUUCGGGGAUUGUUACUUGCUCUCUGUUGUUGUAACUGGUUAUUUUAUUACCCUACUCGUAUUAAUAUUUUGGACCCUCCACAAGGUGUGCUUUGAUUUGUUCCUUGGAGUAGCCCUGGAAAGGAAAACAGACAAACAGGAGACAAAAGCAUGCAAACACACAAAUAACAGAAACAAACAAAUAAACAAAAAUAAAAACCUAAAGACUAAAACAAAAAACCCCAAAACACCAACUACAAGUAAAGAAGAGGGUGGAGGUGGUGCUGAUGGAAGAGCACAUACAAAGAGAGAAUUGACAGGAGCAGGGGCGGGGGUGAAGAAAAAAUAAACACUGACUAGGCAGAGAGACUAAAAGGCUUAAUCCAGAGAGAGAGAGAAAGGAAAAUAAAGAAGGAGGCGGGGAAAACGAAAUGAAGAUAAAAUUACCCAGACAGAGAAACUCUAUGGCUUGAUUAUUCCAGAGAGAGAGAAAAGAGUGUAUAGAAGGAGGUGUAGAACAUGUAUCAAGACAAUGGAUUAAAUAUGCCUGUUUAGACAGACCAAUAACCAGAGUAACCAGCCUAGGGGAGGGAAGAGAUAAGGAGGAG